AUGGACUAUACAGCAAGUGUGAGUGCCAGUGACAUCUGGGCUUCUUAUGGGCAUACAGAAGAAGGAAAAGUCAUAUCUUUUAUUCAGCUGAUUAAAGAAAAAUUUGAACUAAAUAUUGUGCUGGAUACAGGGAAUGUGAGUAUAGGAACUAUACCUAAUAAAGAAGAUAGAUUAUUUCUAAAUUCUGAUAAUUGUGUAAAUGAAAACUUUUUCUUUUCAGAUAAUGUGGAUGCAGGUGAUCUUAAGCAGUUUUUUGAGACCAACUAUUCACAGAUAUAUUUCAUCUUCUAUGAAAAUUUUAUAACACUGGAAAAUAGUUUAAAAUUAAAAGGGAAUAAUAAGUCACAAAGGGAGGAGCUGGACUCCAUCCUCUUUCUUUUUGAAAAAAUACUGCAGUUUCUACCUGAGCGAAUUUUCUUUCGAUGGCAUUACCAGAGUAUAGGCUCAACUUUAAAGAAGCUUCUACACACUGGAAAUUCUAUUAAGAUAAGAUGUGAAGGAAUCAGGUUGUUAUACAGUCCUCCAUCAAGGUCAUUUAGGUUUAUGAGUCACAUGAUGCCUCCCAGUCUUGUUGCUACUGUUGGUGGUGGAGCAGUACAAGAGAGGGUGCCAGAGUUGGAUAACAGUGGGCCAACAGAGCAGGACAAAAACCAUUCUAACAGCAGCACCUUGUCUGACCGAAGACUCAGCAACACCAGCCUUUGUAGCAUUGAAGAAGAGUACCGAACAGUGUAUGAAAUGGUGCAGCGGAUUCUCUUGUCAACACGUGGUUAUGUCAAUUUUGUGAAUGAAGUAUUUCGCCAGGCAUUUUUGCUGCCUUCCUGUGAAAUAGCUGUAACAAGAAAAGUAGUUCAAGUGUACAGAAAGUGGAUCCUGCAGGACAAACCUGUGUUCAUGGAGGAACCAGAUAAAAAAGAUGUUGCCCAAGAAGCUGAAAAAUUAGUAUUUUCAGAGACUGACAACAAGGAGGUCUCAUCUGAAAAUUCUGGUCAUAAACGAUCUUCCAGUUGGGGACGCACAUACUCUUUCACAAGUGCCAUGAGCAGAGGAUGUGUGACAGAAGAGGACAAUACAAAUGUGAAAGCUGGUGCCCAGGCUAUGCUGCAGGUAUUUCUGACAAAUGCUGCAAACGUUUUCUUGCUGGAACCAUGUGCUGAAGUUCCCAUGCUCUUAAAAGAACAAGUUGAUGCUUGUAAAGCUGUUUUGAUUAUUUUUAGGCGCAUGAUAAUGGAGCUUACAAUGAAUAAAAAGACAUGGGAGCAGAUGUUGCAAAUACUACUCAGGAUAACAGAAGCUGUCAUGCAGAAGCCAAAGGAUAAACAAAUAAAGGACUUGUUUGCCCAGAGCUUGGCAGGGUUACUAUUUAGGACUCUCAUCGUGGCUUGGAUCCGAGCAAACCUCUAUGUGUAUAUUUCUCGAGAGCUCUGGGAUGACUUUCUUGGUGUGCUGUCCUCCCUCACGGAAUGGGAGGAGCUCAUCAGUGAAUGGGCAAACAUAAUGGACUCUUUGACAGCAGUGCUUGCAAGAACUGUUUACGGAGUUGAAAUGACAAACCUACCUCUGGAUAAAUUAAGUGAACAAAAGGAGAAGAAGCAACGAGGCAAAGGCUGUGUUAUAGAUUCUCAGAAAGGAACAACUGUGGGGAGAUCUUUUUCUCUCAGCUGGCGGAGCCACCCAGAUGUGACUGAGCCAAUGCGAUUUAGGAGUGCCACCACUUCUGGAGCACCAGGAGUUGAAAAGGCAAGGAAUAUUGUUCGCCAGAAAGCAACUGACGUGGAGGAGUGUCAACAGUCAGAAAAUGUACCCGUAGCUGAGUCUGGUCAUCUCAUGGUGGGACAGCAACAGGUCCUCCGGAGCAGCAGCACAUCUGACAUCACUGAGCCACUGUGCUCAGAUUCUUCUCAAGGUCAAAAGGUAGAAAAUGCACAGAAUUUGAGUUCUUCAGAACUCAGGGCCAUUCAGGAGAAUAAAGGACAUGUGAAGAGAGAACAUGAAGGAAUAACAAUCUUAGUUCGAAGAAGCAGUAGCCCUGCUGAAUUGGACUUGAAGGAUGAUCUGCAGCAGACACAAGGAAAAUGUAGGGAAAGGCAGAAGAGUGAUAGUACCAGCAGUGACACAGCUCUGGGCUAUAACAAUGAGGCAGAGCUGUCUAUGAGCCCAUGGCAGACUUGUGAGGAAGACCCAGAACUGAACACUCCCACAGAUGUUGUGGUUGACUCUGAUGCCCGCCAUUGGUUACAACUGAGUCCAACUGAUGCUUCAAACUUAACAGACAGCAGCGAGUGUCUUGCAGAUGACUGUAGUAUAAUUGCUGGAGGGAAUCUCACUGGUUGGCACCCAGAUUCUGCUGCUGUGUUGUGGCGAAGAGUCUUGGGAAUCCUCGGAGACGUGAAUAAUAUCCAGUCACCCAAGAUCCAUGCCAAAGUUUUUGGCUAUCUCUAUGAACUCUGGUACAAAUUAGCAAAGAUACGGGAUAAUCUAGCAAUAAGCCUGGAUAACCAGUCUUCUCCAUCUCCUCCAGUCUUGAUCCCACCACUCAGAAUGUUUGCAUCAUGGCUAUUUAAGGCAACGACACUGCCAAAUGAAUACAAGGAAGGCAAACUGCAAGCCUACAGGCUGAUCUGUGCCAUGAUGACCAGACGCCAGGACGUUCUGCCAAACUCAGAUUUCCUGGUGCAUUUUUACCUCGUGAUGCACCUGGGAUUAACCAGCGAGGACCAGGAUAUUUUAAAUACCAUUAUAAGGCACUGUCCACCGCGCUUUUUCUCCCUGGGUUUGCCUGGAUUCUCAAUGCUGGUGGGAGACUUUAUCACGGCUGCAGCAAGGGUCCUUAGUACAGACAUGUUGGCGGCACCUCGUGCAGAAGCUCUCACCAUCCUGGGUUCCCUGGUGUGCUUUCCAAAUACCUACCAGGAGAUCCCUUUACUACAGUCAGUGCCGGAAGUGAAUGAGGUCAUUACAGGAACUGAAGAUGUCAAGCAUUACCUCAUAAAUAUUUUACUGAAGAAUGCCACAGAAGAACCAAAUGAAUGUGCAAGAUGCAUCGCCAUUUGCUCACUUGGGAUCUGGAUCUGUGAAGAGCUUGCACAGUGUACCAGCCAUCCUCAGGUGAAAGAAGCCAUCAAUGUGAUAGGUGUAACUUUGAAGUUUCCUAACAAAAUUGUGGCUCAGGUAGCCUGUGAUAUUCUUCAGUUGCUGGUUUCCUACUGGGAAAAACUUCAGAUGUUUGAAACCUCUCUGCCUCGGAAAAUGGCAGAAAUCCUUGUGGCUACAAUUGCUUUCCUAUUACCAAGUGCUGAGUACUCUUCAGUGGAAACAGAUAAGAAGUUUAUUGUAUCCUUACUCCUCUGCCUCUUGGACUGGUGCAUGGCAUUGCCAGUGAAUACCCUUCUCCAUCCUGUGUCCACAGUGGUCCUGGAGGAGCAGCACCCAUCCCGGGCCCCCUUGCUGGAUUAUAUCUAUAGGGUUCUGCACUGCUGUGUUUGUGGCUCAAGCACAUAUACCCAACAAAGUCACUAUACACUGACUCUGGCUGACUUGUCAUCCACGGAUUAUGACCCCUUUCUGCCACUGGCAAACGUGAAGAGCUCUGAGCCAGUUCAGUAUCAUUCAUCAGCAGAACUGGGGAACCUGCUGACUGUUGAAGAAGAGAAAAGGCGAAGAAGUGUGGAACUGAUCCCUCUGACUGCCCGAAUGGUGAUGGCCCACCUGGUGAACCACCUGGGUCACUACCCUCUGAGCGGAGGCCCAGCUGUGCUGCAUAGCCUUGUCAGUGAGAACCACGACAAUGCCCACGUGGAAGGCACUGAGCUGUCUUCUGAGGUGUUCAGGAGCCCCAACCUGCAGCUGUUUGUAUUUAAUGACAGUACCCUCAUUUCCUACCUUCAGACACCUGCAGAAGGACCUGGGGGUGCCCUCUCAGAUGUGAGAGUUAUUGUGAGGGAUAUAUCAGGGAAGUACUCUUGGGAUGGAAAAGUUUUAUAUGGACCUCUGGAGGGAUGCUUAGCACCCAAUGGAAGAAAUCCCUUAUUUCUAAUUUCGGGCCACCAUCAUCACACAUUUGGACCUCAGAAAGAUCAUUCCCAAAUCGAAGAAGGAGAUGAUGUCCUUGACAAACUACUUGAAAACAUUGGCCACACUAGUCCCGAAUGCCUUUUACCAUCACAGCUAAAUCUAAAUGAGCCCUCCCCACCCCCAUAUGGCAUGAACCGUGAGCAAGAAAAGGAAAUCAUUGAGGUCAUUUUGCGCCAGAGUGCACAGGAAGACGAAUAUGUUCAGAGGUGUAACUCUGAUUCUUCAAUGAAAGUUACCAGCCAAGGGCAACCCUCGCCAGUGGAGCCCCGAGGGCCUUUUUAUUUCUGCAGGUUGUUACUCGAUGAUUUGGGAAUGAAUUCUUGGGAUAGAAGGUUAGACUGUCACUGCUAUGCAUGCUGUUUUGCAAAUGCAUUUGUCUCCUUAACCGAUUACUUCAGCUAUGAAGAGAGAGCGCUGUAUCUCGAAGCAAUAAUUCAGAACCACCGAGAAGUCAUGACAUUUGAGGAUUUCGCAGCUCAAGUCUUUUCUCCCUCUCCCAGCUACUCCCUCAGUGGAACGGGGGCCUUGGCCUCCAUCUUGAGUGCUGACCUCAAAGAGUCCCUUGGUGUGGAGGAGACAGACCAGACUCCCCUGCCCUUUUCCCUUGGCUCCAAACCCAGAGACUUCAGGAAACUCCAUGACUGUGCCAGCGUUCUCAGCAAGCUUUCGUAUCACUGGAUCCUCGAAGUCAAAGGUGGAUCCCACUGAACUAUUUCAUGUGGAUCUUUCAAGUGGGGCUAUGUCAUCUCAUCCUAAAACUUCUCAAACCUCCAGCUUCCAAAAAAGAGAAAGUCAUCAACAACCAGAAACAAACCUGCUGUCUCUGAUUUACUCUGGUGUUUGCUCACUUUCAGGGAGGGGGCAGAGGGAAGUUGACUUCUGAACCCCAAGCUGGUUACCCUCAUUUAUAAACCCAAGCAAGAUUCCCAGAGGGCAGCAAAACAAUUGUGGAAUUGUGGAAUUUUCUCUGUAUCAAUUUUGUGAGUUCACCUUAUGUUAUGAUUUAUGGUUUACUCAAAAAUUUCAUCAUCAUUGAAAUUGGCUUUCCCAGGGGUCUUUAGCCCAGGAGUUUUCUCUCAGUUGUGAAGUCUUUUGCCAUCUUAUACCUAAGGUCCACUCACUGAGGUGAUUUUUCUGACCACUCAGAGGACUCCCAAAUCAUAAUUCUGAUCCUAUCCCAGAACACUCAGAAGUCUCUAGAAAUUCAAGGUCCUAUCCUGUGAGACGGACGUCCUAUCUUGUAAGACAAGAAGAAACCCCAGGGUUAGUCCCACAUCCUUACAAAAGGCAAGUGCCAGUGUCUGGUGCCACAGUGAGGUAGAUGGAGACUCUACAAAGUCCAGAUGCCUCCAAAGCUUCACCUUCAUUUUCCCUCCUGGCUAUUACUCAAAGAGGGCCAAGACAGGCCUUGGAAAUGCUUCUUGUCAUGCAGAUUGCAAGCAAGAGAUUUAUUUGAUCCAUAUUUUUUUUACCCAUUUGGACUUGUUAAAAAAGAUAAUAAAGGGAAGAGAAAGAAAAUAAGGAAGAAGAGAAGGAAA